AUGGCCGACCUGCGCCAGACGUAUACCAACGUGGUCGCCGCCGAGGGCGCUAAGUACCAGUGGGCGCUGCCUGUUUUCCGCUUUGCUGCGAUGGUGGAUGAAGCUGGUUCGAGUUGCGGCCGCGAGGGAGGAGGGCCUGGCGGGGGUGGCUGGGGUGGCGCUAGGGUUGGCGCGAGUCUCUGGGGGUGUGGUGGCGGGGACGGCGGAGUUGGAGGGGGAUCGGAUGGACAAGGGGGAGGGAGGAAGGGGGCGCCGACCUGGCCCUUCGCGUUAGGGAGCAAUGAGAGGGGGAAGAUCCCUCUCAAAUGA